ACCCCACUCCUGUCGAGCCAACCCAACUUCACCACUGCUCCACAUUAGGCCUACUCCACAUCCAUCUAAUCCUCGAACUUCGCUCAUCGUUAUCUUCUACAAACUCGAGUUGAUUAAGCGAAUAACAAAAUGGCGGAUGAGGCAAUCACUCGUUUGAACUCCUACGUCGGUUUUGACUCGAUCACCCGUCAAAUCGAGCACAAGCUUCUUAAGCGUGGUUUCCAGUUCAACGCCAUGGUCGUCGGUCAAACCGGUCUCGGGAAAUCUUCGUUGAUCAACACUAUCUUUGCUAGCCAUCUGAUCGACUCUAAGGGCCGUCUAGAUGCUGAUGAGCCUAUUCGUCAGACCACAGAAAUUCAAGCGGUCAGCCAUGUCGUUGUGGAGAAUAACGUCAAACUUCGCUUGAACAUUGUUGACACGCCUGGCUAUGGAGACCUGGUCAAUAACGAUGGCUGUUGGGAACCGAUCAUCAAGUACAUCAAAGAUCAACACUCAGCUUAUCUUCGCAAGGAACUCACUGCCCAGCGUGACAAAUACAUCCAAGACACUCGCAUACAUUGUUGCAUCUAUUUCAUCUCACCCACUGGACAUGGACUGAGGCCGAUUGACAUCAUCGUGAUGAAAAAACUGAGCGAAGUUGUCAACAUUGUGCCCGUGAUUGCCAAGUCGGACAGUCUGACACUAGAGGAGCGUGAGGCGUUUAAAGUCAGGAUUCGAGAUGAAUUGCACUAUCACAACAUCCGACUGUAUCCCUUUGACAACGAAGAACAAGACGCAGAGGAAUUGCAGCUCAAUGAAGCCAUCAGGAACAUGAUUCCUUUUGCUGUUGUCGGUUCCGAGCGCAACGUCAUCGUGGAUGGAAAGCCCGUUCGAGGCAGGAAGAAUAGAUGGGGAGUGAUCAAUGUUGAGAACGAACAGCACUGCGAAUUCAACUAUCUGAGGAACUUCUUAACCCGAACACAUCUACAAGACUUGGUUGAGACUACAGCCCAGAUCCACUAUGAAGCAUUUAGGAGCAAGCAACUGUUAGCAUUGAAAGAAUCUAGUGCCAAUAAGGCUCACCAGCCACAAUCUAAUGGAGCUUGAGGGAUAUAUGUCCACUUGGUUUCCCAGAUUAUCUACUAAGAUCACAGUUCUAUCUUGUUUGUUUGCUGUUGGUUGAUAAGGACUUAAACACUUCAUAAAUCACACUCCCCUACUCACUAUCAAAGAAAUCUUGCAUCUCUGAUCAGCCCCCAUUUUUCCAAGAAAAAGAAGAAAAAUAAUCAAUUGAUUGAUAAAGAUAUAAUAACCAUAUGGUCUUGUCUUUCAAGUGGCAUUGCUUUUUUCCUCUAUUGUUUCUUCUUUCUUUUCAUGGAUCCUAAAAUCACUCCCACUUAACUUAUUUAUUUAUUCUAUAUGAUGGUCCUCUUUUGUUGCUUAUUCUUCCAUGUUAAGUUUUGUUUGCUCUUUUUUUGAAAAGAAUUUAUGACAACCAAUAAGAAGAAGAAAGAAAAAGAAAGCAUGUUGGUUCUCUGG